AUGUCGAAAGAGCUAGAAGGCGUGAAAAAGAAGCGACGUUUUAUGAGGAAGUCGGUGACGGACAGUUUAAAGUUGAUUGAUGAAGCGCUUGCAGAGGAAAAUAGUCAUGCUAGAGUUCAGGUACUGAAAGAUAAUAUUUUAAGUAAAUGGAAUGAUUUAACAGAGGUAUAAGCCUCGCUUUCUAUAUAUUUGGAAGACAGUGAAAUUGAUAGUGAAUGUGCAGCACACAAUGAGUAUGAAAUGAGAGUUAUGGACUAUAUGGCUAGAAUGACAAAGUAUUUAAGUGUUAAUACACAUGCUGAGAACAGCAAUGGGUCUAACGAGAGUGGGUCAAGUUUGGGGUCCACAUGUAAAGUUCAAGUUAGACUGCCAAAGAUUGAAUUACCAACAUAUGAUGGGGCUAUAUUAUGUUGGCAGUCAUACUAUCAGUCUGUUAAAGUGUCCAUUGUGGAUAAUAGUGCUUUAGCUGAUGUGCAAAAACUAGAGUACAUUAUGCGAUCACUGAAGUGUGUAGCUGCUGAGUCGGUUAACGGAUUUUCAAUAGUGGCUGAGAAUUAUGAAUCUGUUUUGUCAACUCUGAAGGAAAGAUUUGGUCAUUCAAGGUUGAUCUUGGAUGCCCAUAUGAGGGGUUUGAUCCAUUUACCCAGAUUGAGUGCUGAAGAUGCAACAUCUAUGAGGGUGUUUUAUGAUAAAGUAGUCGGGCAUGUUCGCUCGGUUGAGUCAAUGGGAGAGAAGUAUAGCUCUGAAACCUUGGCACCAGUAUUGGUUCCUUUGAUUGUUGAUGAGCUACCAAAAAAACUUGUGGAAAAGUGGGAGCUUGAAAUUGGAGAUAAGACAGAGGACU